AGGGAGAUGUGUCAGAGGGGGUGCGAAAAGCACCUCUCACUGCGAACCCAUCACAUUUUAUCCUGGGUUUUGUUGUCUUAGUGAGCAUCCCAAUAACAGCUUCCGACGACCUCGUCCCAGUCGCCGACCAUCAUGGCCUCUUCCGGCGGCGAGGGCAGCGGGUCCCUGGAGAGCGUCCUCAACGACGCCACCCUCCCGUGGGGCCGCCGCAUGUGGCUAGCCUCCCUCAUCGAGAUGAGGCUUCUCGUCAGCCUCGCCGCCCCCGCCGUGAUGGCCUCCCUGAUCAACUACGCCAUGUCCAUGUCCACCCAGAUCUUCUCCGGCCACCUCGGCAACCUCGAGCUCGCCGCCGCCUCCCUCGGCAACACCGGCAUCCAAAUCUUCGCCUACGGCCUCAUGCUGGGAAUGGCGAGCGCCGUGGAGACGCUGUGCGGGCAGGCGUAUGGGGCGCACAAGUACCAGAUGCUGGGGAUUUACCUGCAGCGGUCGACGGUGCUACUCAUGGCGACCGGAGUGCCGCUGGCGGCGAUCUAUGCCUUCUCUCGGCCGCUGCUGAUUCUGCUCGGCGAGUCGCCGGAAAUCGCGAAGGCCGCGUCCGUCUUCGUCUACGGGCUGAUUCCGCAAAUAUUCGCGUACGCGGCCAACUUCCCCAUCCAGAAAUUCCUUCAGGCGCAGAGCAUCGUGGCCCCGAGCGCCUACAUCUCGGCGGCCGCCCUGGCGGUGCACCUGCUGCUCAGCUGGAUAGCGGUGUACGUGAUCGGGAUGGGGCUGCUCGGGGCUUCUCUGGUGCUCAGCCUCUCGUGGUGGAUCAUGGUGGCGGCUCAGUUCGUGUACAUCGUCGCCAGCGCACGGUGCCGUCUCACCUGGACCGGCUUCUCCUGGCAGGCCUUGUCAAGCCUUCCCGAGUUCUUCCGCUUCUCCUCGGCCUCCGCCGUCAUGCUGUGUCUGGAAGCUUGGUAUUUCCAGAUCCUGGUGCUCAUCGCUGGUCUGCUCGAGAACCCUGAACUGGCCCUCGAUUCUCUAUCUAUUUGCAUGACGAUUGCUGGUUGGGCGUUUAUGAUCUCGGUUGGGUUCAAUGCUGCUGCCAGCGUGCGGGUUAGCAACGAGCUUGGCGCUGGGAAUCCAAAGUCAGCAGCCUUCUCAGUGGUGAUCGUCACAGUGCUGUCUUUGAUAAUCUCCGUCGUACUCGCAAUAGUAAUCCUCUGCCUUCGCGGCCACAUCAGCUACAUCUUCACUGAGGGUGAAACCGUGGCGCGCGCUGUCUCUGAUCUCUGCCCCUUGCUCGCCGCUACCCUCGUACUCAACGGAAUCCAGCCUGUGCUAUCUGGUGUUGCUGUGGGAUGUGGAUGGCAAGCUUUCGUGGCGUAUGUCAACGUGGGCUGUUACUACAUAGUCGGCGUUCCCCUUGGCUCGCUCCUCGGCUUCAAAUUUGGCUUGGGAGCGAAGGGGAUAUGGGGCGGCAUGAUCGGUGGAACAACCAUGCAAACCCUGAUUCUGUUGUGGGUCACUUUCCGGACAGAUUGGAACAAAGAGGUGGAGAAGACUAAGGAAAGACUAAAAAAAUGGGAGGACAAGCAGCAGCCCCUUCUGACGUAGUCAGGGCCGCUGCCGCUGCCUCUGCCUCUGCCUCUGCGCGUGCUGUUUGUCCAGCAAAGUAACCAGUGGGAACAAGAUCGCCUUCUGACUCUCCGUUUACCACGACGGAGGAGAGAUCAGGCUAUUUAUAGUAGCUGCUUAUUUAUUUAUUGUGUGUUGGAUUAUUUUUCAUUUGUACGUGUGCUUACAUGUUAAUUAACAAGACGUGGAUAUGCCGUUGCGGAUAUAAUCCGAUACGGUGAUUUUGGCUGCGGGUUUAUAUGUUAUUGGAUGUGAAAUUAUAUUUA